AUGCGACUAACUGUACGCUACUUAUGCUCGAUAGUACGAUAUCGAAGACGAUUUUCUAUCUUACUUCUGAUUAGUGCACUUCUUUUUAUAAUUUUCAUUCUAUCCAUUAUUGACCGUAAUCAUCCAGAAUUAAAUCCAUUACCGAAUUCUGAACAAGAAAUAAAAAUAACUACAGCGCAGAAAGUGAUCCGUGCAAUAUCAACUACAGUCGCACAACAAAAUAGACUGUGGCCACUAGAUGAGCAGGGUCGUUCGUUAAAAAACCAUUUUUUCGUAUUCGAUGCAACAGGCUUUUUCGGUUCUGCUGCAAGUGAAGGUGUUGAAGUCAAAUGUGAAUCAUCAAAUACAACGUUUACAUGGACACGGCAACCGAAUCAAAUGAACAAAGUGGAUUUUGCUAUUUCACACGAUGCACGGCUUCAGCAAGAUUUUCCAUUUGACAAGCUUCAUUUGAACAGCGAACGACAGCAGUAUUCGAUGGCAUUUAUCAUGGAAAGUGAAGCACAUUCAUCUACAGGAGACGCUUGGGCGAAUUACAAUUUUAGAAUGUCUUAUAAUCUCGAUGAUAGCUAUCCUGAACCAGCCACGUACUUCGAUGUUAAUAUACAUAUUAUUGAUCUAUUAACCCCACCGGUAGUGAAGUUCGAGAAAAAAGAAACACGAGCGGAUGUCGUUUGGAUUAUUUCGAAUUGUGAUGCACACAACGGUCGGCAAGGUUUUAUUGAACAGCUGAUGAAGGAAAUCAAAAUUGAUUCGUACGGGCUAUGUCUAAACAAUCGUCAAGGUUAUGGAGAUCGUAUGACUGAUAAUGUUGAAGCCUAUAUGAAAUAUAAAUUUGUUAUAGCUAUUGAAAAUUCGAAUUGUAUUGAUUAUGUAACCGAAAAGUUGGUUAAAGCGGUUGAAUCCGGUUCUGUUCCUAUUGUUGCUGGUCGAAAUGGUCGACCAGAUUAUCGACGGUUUAUGCCUGAUCAUUCCUAUAUCAAUAUAUUCGAUUAUCCAACCGUAAAAGCUCUUGCCGAUGAUCUAAAACGUAUUGCUAACAAUAAAACAUUGUAUGAAUCCUAUCUCUGGUUUAAAAAGCAUAAGAUCAACCUGAGAUUAUUUGCUGAACUAUCGUUAAAUGAAAAAAUCAAACAAUUCACUGGUAUUGUUGGUUCCAAUGCCACUAUGAUCAAAGAUGGCAUCGUAGCAAAAGAAAAAAGUGAAAACAAAAUUUGCAAGCUGAUACGAUUCGUUCGGCAAACACCUUGGCAAGAAAUAGCAACGCAUAAAAGAGCAGCGAGGCCAAAUGAGAACAUAGCUUGUCUACAAAGAGGAAAUAUACUGGAUCAUUUUCGAUCGUCAUUAUCUUCAAAUGGCAGCUCUGUCAAGAAUUAA